CUGUUGACAUUUAAAUCUCGCUGUCAUGCAACGAGUUGUGGGAAUUCAAGAGGCAAGGCUGCUGUUGGUUGGAUUAGUUUCAGAAACAUCCUUUCAUCUUUCAAAUCACUAGUAUGUAGUUCUACACAUAGAAUGAAAUUUAGCAAAAGCACUGGUUGUAAGAUCAUGACAUUUAACCGAGGCCCAGAGUUACAGGAUUGAAUGGUGUAACCCCCAAACUCCAGGAAAAUUAUAAGAAAAUGCCAUGUCCAAGACUGAAGUCAAUAAUAUCAUGUUAAUUAAAUGAGAUUCUCAAUUUACAGAAAUAAUCUAUCAUAGAUUUUUUUUUAAGUUUUCAUGAAUUGGAACGUAAAUGAUAAAUGGUAUGGAAUUGUCCAGAUUUAAUCUCAGUAGUAACUACACUGAGGUACUCUUGCUGAAUUGUGUGAGGCAUGCAUGUAUGGAUGCUAGUCUUGGACGUGUGUAUAUAUGCAUGCUUGUGUAUGUAGGGAGGGUUAGGGAGGAUGUGUGUUUACUCUGAGUAGAGUGUGGAAAGAGAUUCCAAAGGCAGGGAUUUGUCAGUGUGAUUUUAGCUCUGUUCAAAGCUUGUGGGUUUGGCUUGUGGCAUGUGCGGUGAGGUAUAGCGCAGUGGGGGCUGGGAUGAUUGCUGUGGUGGAUGCCACAUUGGCAGAAGGAUGUGUGGUUUGGUGGAGUGAGUUGGUGGGUGGUGUGAUUUGGGUAGAGUGAGUAUGGAGAGAGUCUUGGUGAGGGGGUUGGAAUGGGGCGUUAUGUGGGAUGUGAGAGGUGGGAGACAGAUAUGAGAGUGUGCGGCUGACGCGUGGAUAUGGUUUGUGACUGUGUGUAUAUGUGUGUUUGUGUGUAGUGGUUGUAAUUUAGCUUUUGUUUAGCUUUUCUUUUGCCCUUUGUUUCAGUCUUUGUUUGGCCUUUGUGCUGUCUUUGUUUCACUCUUUGUUUAAACUUUCUUUGGCUUUUGUUUACUCUUUCUUUAGCCUUUUGUUGAACCGUUGUGUGGCCUUUUUGUAGUCUUUGUGCAGCUUUUGUUUUCAAGUGAAUCUUGGCUGCGAACCCAUCAAAAACACCUUGUGUAAUGAAAUGCCCAGCUAUAUAACCUCUCCCUAUAUAUUCCGCGUGCAUUGAGUGGCCUCAUCCUCUCAGGAGCCUGGUAGAGAGGAGGAACCUGUUUCACACAACAACUGCUACUGGAAGGGAGAUGAGUCAGAAAACGAGUAAGGAGGGUCCCAGGCUCUCCAAGAACCAGAAGUUUUCUGAGCAGUUCAGCAUACGGUGCUGCCCGCCGUUCACCUUCCUCAACUCCAAACGUGAGAUUGUGGACCGGAAGUACAGCAUCUGCAAAAGUGGCUGCUUCUACCAGAAGCAGGAAGAGGACUGGAUCUGCUGUGCCUGCCAGAGGACCAGAACCAGGCGCCGUGCAACGUCCCCCCCGAGGCCCAAGCUCCAGCCAGCGGCACCCCCCGCGGUGGUCAGAGCACCAGCCAAGCCACGGUCCCCUCCGAGGUCUGAGCCACGGUCCCCUCCGAGGUCUGAGCGUCAGCCACGACCCCGUCCAGAGGUCCGACCGCCACCAGCCAAGCAGCGCCCCCCUCAGAAGUCCAAGCAGCCGCCACGCAGCAGCCCCCGCAGCAGUCCCCACAGAGGGCCAGGCGCCGGCCGUGGGGGGUCCCCCAUCAAAGCCUCUAGGUUCUGGUAACACCAUCUCUUCCCCUGUGUUCCCCCAGCCCUCAGAUUGAGAAGGAGGAGCAAGCCAACCCCAAGGAAGAAAUAACCAAGGAGGAGUUUCAAGAGAACGGAUGGCCCCAGCUCCUGGACGUACUGCUGCCUGACCCACAUGCCCCUGGGCAAGCUCGCCGGCUCCGAAUACGAUGCAGAGACAGACACCGGCUGAUGCCCAAGGUCUCCAUGGCAGGAGGGCCACCGGGCGGCCUGCCUGGAGCAUCUUGAAGAUAUCAUUCUAUUGUCUUCUGACCUCUAUAAUUGCCAAUGAGAAAUCUGCUAUCAUUCUACUUGCCUUCCAUUGACCCAAGUUUCUUCAAUAUGAAGAUACAUAUAUCUUUCUUCAUGGAUGUGCAAAAAAAUAUAUUGUACACCCAUUAUAAUGGCAAAAGAUAAAAAAUUUCAAAUGUUGGCAAAGAUGUGGGGAAAAUUCUCAUAAGUUACCAAUGAGAAUUUAUAAACUUCUACAGCACCUUUGGGGUGAAGUCUGUGGAUGCUAGUAAAGCAGGAUAUUGCAUAGAACAAGAAAUUAUAAUUUUAAAUACCCAUCCUAGAGAAAACUUGCAUUCAUAGAAAAAGGAGAUACUGGUGUAAGUUUAAAUCUGUUCAGUGAAGCAUGGUUUGCCAUUGGGAAAAAAAAAGAUAGACAUAAGAAGAAAUUAAUCAAUGUCCACCAAUAAGAGAAUGAAUAAAUCAAUAAUCAUAUAUUUAAAUAAAAUCCUAAACAGCAGUUAAAACAAGUGAAUCAGAUAUACCCAUACCAAGUAGAUAAAUUUGGAAAACAAAAUGAAAAAUAUAAAAAGCAAUAGUAGAUGGUAAUUGCAAUAUGAUGCCCUAUGCAAGAUUUGAAUGACUCACAAUGCUAUAGUUGCCAAAAAAAGCAGAAACCUUAAGAUCUCACACUUUCUCUGUAAUGCCAGAGAAUUUAAAAAGUGACAACAAAAUAAAAGGUUACCCAAGAAAUAUCUGUCCUCUUGGAAAACAAGAAGAUGACUUGAAAUAAUUACUGGCUUGAGGAAAUAAUAGAAAUUAAAAGCUGUAUGGAAAUGGUCAACAAUAUUAGCCAGGCACAAUGUUUUUGGAGAGAGAAGUGGGGGACUGAGGACAAGCCAAGCGUCCCUCCAAGGUCACAAGUCUUAGAAAACAAACACAUCUGUUCUGAGUCCGUUUUGGAUCUGGAUUGUCUUGUGAUUCCUGCAGGUUUCUGACAUGGGGAACAAGGGGACUAUAUAGAAUACUCCCUCUCUCCCAACCUUCCUUUAAUAAUACGUAGAAAAACUCAGAAGAUAAUAGAAUGUUGUAGAAUGUGGAGGGAUGUUAGUUGGAGCGAAACUCAGAGUAAAGGAGAAAGGGGCAUCCAGAGCAGUGUUGUGUUGGGAGCCAGGGUAGCCAAACACUGGCCUAUUCCCGAAGCUCUACCAAGGCGAGGAAGAAUAUGGAGGCCAUGCCAGAGGAAGUCCUGUCCAAGGUGUGGGGCUGGGGUUAGCAGAAAUGGCAGAGAGUAGGGAGGAAGUGUAGUAGAUUCAGAUGAAAUAUAGCUCAGAAUACCAACCCCUCAGAAAGAGGAAUCUGGCCGAGGACUGUCCCAAGGCAGCUGGAGGGCGAGGCCUGAGUGUCCUGGCUCAGGCCAUCGUCCUCUGUUGAAGUGGCAAUAAAAAGGCCGGGGGAUUCAGCUACACAGAGCCUUCAGGUACUAGUGUUUCUCCUGCCUAAAUUAAGGUGCUAAAUGAACAACAAAACGAGAACCUCUGCUGCAAACAGUUUCCAACGAUGCAUUAUCUGAGGCCAUUACAGUCCUGGGAAUCACACCCGGGGUGCCAUGACAGACUCCUAGAAAGAAGAAAUUAGUGGGCCAGCCCCACUCAGACUCAACAGUAUUUCUUCAGUCCAUCUUAGAUUUUGGCAAAGCCAGACCCCAUUCUCAGGCUUGCUAGGCUCUGUUCUCCAUAUCUAUCCAGAUGGUACACAGUUAUGCAGAGUGUAAAGUUGGGGAGGAGAGAGCAUAGCAUGUGUUCAUUCAUGUAAAGAAUUGGAUGUCAGCAUGGAAAUUUAAUCACUAGACAUUACUGAACUCUCUAUGUUUGUCUGUUGUGGAAAUAAAGCCCUCUGGAAAUUGAUAGAUAACUACAUGUAAUGUGCCUUGGAUAUUAUAACUAAAACAUACUAUUAAUC